UUUGGUCCCAUUUCUUUUUUAUAUUCCUUUUCACGGGCAAAAAUCAAGUGCUCCACCUCACACCCUACAUCCCUUCUUCUUCCUCUUUUUUUUUUUUUUUAACGUUAUAUUUUUUUCCUCCUAUCAAUUCCCGCCGUCGCCGUUGCCGUUGCUGUUGUCGCUGCCGUUGCCGUUCCCGUUGAUUGCCUUAAAAACUCACCCCUCUACCACCGGCUACCAAUGAUCCUAUCUGUUUUCUGAUCAUCGUGAAAAAUACAGGUGAAUUUUGAAUUUCCAAAUGACAUAAGAAAAGUAAAGUAGAAACUGUUGGAGAAGCAAAAUGUCUUUUCAGAACAAGGGUUUUUGGAUUGGAAAGGGUGAUGACGAGAAUUCACAAUAUGAUAAUCCUUCAAGAAUUGAACCUAAACGGUCACACCAGUGGUUUGUAGAUGCAGCGCAACCUGAGUUGUUUCCAAACAAGAAGCAAGCACUCCAAACUCCGAACACCAUAACAAGUUCAGGAAUUUCCAGUGCAAAUGUUCCUUCUUGGAAUAACCCUUCUACUUUUCAGUCAAUUCCAAACCAAUUUAUUCACCGUUUAUUUGGACCUGACACAACGAGUUCUGUCAAUUAUGCUGAAAGAACCAUCUGUCCUGAAACAGAUGACUCGAAUGCAUCUGUUAGUCUGUCUAUAUCUCAUUGUAUGGAAGAUCCUGAAUGUCUUAGCUAUAGUGGCUUUAGAAAAGUUAAAGUUAAUCAAGUGAAAGAUUCAGAAAAUUGUAUUCUUGAUCUGAAGGGACACAGUUUUAUUAACGAAAAUAACAGCGACAUCCCUACAGAUCAGGCCUUUAAUAGGGAAAAUGAAAGUAGUUUUAUAUCUAUUGGAGAUGCCCAUAUUGUAGCAACAUGUCCUACUUACAUUAAAGGAGAUGAUAAUGCCAUCUCAAUAAGUGAUGCCUAUGGUAAGGAGGAAGGCAACAUGAUAUCUUUUGGGGAAUUUCAUGAUGCACAUGAUAUGAUAGCUGUGGGGAGGCCCAUCAGCAGUUAUGCUCAAUCAUAUGAUGAAUCCUCAGUUCAAACCCCAGAAGCAGUUCAGCAAAAAGAGUUUGAUGCAUCAGAUGCCCAUGCAACUGCAAGUAACACCAGGGUUGCCAAGUCAAAAACUGAAUCUGUUUCCAGGAACAAACCUGAAGUAAAAACUGGGCGAAAAGAAGCUCCAAAUAGCUUUCCUUCAAAUGUAAGAAGUUUAAUUUCGACAGGUAUGCUGGAUGGGGUUCCUGUAAAGUACAUUGCCUUGUCACGGGAGGAGCUUCGAGGUGUUAUAAAAGGUUCUGGCUAUCUUUGCAGUUGUCAAUCAUGUAAUUAUUCCAAGGUGCUGAAUGCAUAUGAGUUUGAACGCCACGCUGGCUGCAAGACAAAACAUCCAAACAAUCAUAUAUACUUUGAGAAUGGAAAGACAAUUUAUCAGAUUGUACAAGAACUGAGGAGUACUCCUGAAAGCAUGUUGUUUGAUGUAAUCCAAACUGUGUUUGGUGCACCAAUUAAUCAGAAGUCCUUUCGCAUAUGGAAAGAAUCAUUUCAAGCAGCAACUCGGGAGCUUCAGCGCAUCUAUGGAAAAGAGGAAUUAAAUUUGUAAAAAGGAGUAUUCUGCCCCAAAUUGUAUUAUAAAAUAUCAUCUGUGAUGUGCAUAGAAAUAUUAUGUAAUGCCAUAGCUUUUUGGAUAGGCAAUUGCGUGCGUUUACAUGUUAAUAUGUAGUUCAUGUGCAAUUCGGAUUUCUGAUUGCCGUGGAUUAUCAACUAUCUUGUUAAGCAUGGGCAGAAUAUAACUAAGGGAACCACAAGAAAUAUUAUGAUUGCAAUGUAAAUAUUUUUGUUAUGAAA